CAUGUGUUUUCAGGACUGGCACUUUUAAUUUGGAAACUGCCCCAGAGGCAUUUCUUUCCUGCCUGGGUCUGGGCACUUUGCUGGACCUGCAGUUCGUUUCUCUCCCUUUCUGCCUACUAGGCUUUCUGGACUGGAAUGACUGCUGUUUCUGUUCUCUGCACAACACAUGGAUUUCCUAGAUGGAUGGCUGCACCAACAAUGAGGUGGUCAUCAGAAACAAGGCACUCAAUUGCUACAUUACAAAAUGUGGAAAUUAAGAGGUCCUCAAAAUAACUUUUCUGAUGUAGCUAAUCUGCUUCUGAUUUGAGUGAUGUCCCAGCAGGCACCAUGCUGGUGAUGGCAUGGCCACCAUGGAACUCUAUUGGAGCACGGCACUGGCUAGGGACUCAGAAAACACACCUGAGAAGUAUUUGUCUCCACUACCAGCAGUAUCUUAUUCUGAAGAGACAUUUUCUCAGCUUUUUAAAUAAUGCAACUGGAAUAACCAUCUUCAUUCUUUGCUGCAUCAGUGCAUAUCUACCAGGAAUAGAAGCUGAAAGAAGAAGAACAUGGGAGGCAGUUAUAGCUGAUUUGCGUGAGAUUAAAAACACAUCUGAUAGCAUCGAUGCCUGUUUAUACACUGCAUAUACAGACAAGCCAGAUGAGUGUGAAGUACAAGUGAUGGAAUGCUUUUUGUUAGAGCUGAAAGUGAUUUCCCAUGAAUGUGAAAUCAGAAAAGGAUGUAAAAUCAAACAGUCUGUGCGCAAUGUGCUGGCAAAUGUAAAGGCAAAUUUACCAAAUAAUACAAGUUUACCGACCAGUCUGAACAGGAAUAAAAUAACAUGCAAACAAUGUGAAGAGUACGAAGAAAGAAAUUUUAUUAAAUUUAUAGAGACUUUCGAAGAGUUUGCAAAACACAAGCUGAAAUUUUUACUGCACGUUCCUAAAUAGGCUUUCUUUUUUAAAGUGCUUAAGGGAAACUCCAUAAACUUUGCUGGCACUUCAAGCAAUAUAAUCAUUGGAUGGAUGGAGAGACAGACGGUUUGGCUAUUUUAAAAACUUUGUAAGACAGAAAGGCAGAAAAAAAGCAAAGUAUAGCCAAGAAUAAUCUGAACUAUGAACUGCGCCACAGACUAUUUUGCCUUUUUAUUUUUAAUUUACUACUUCUUCUGGGAAGCUAUUAAAAUGUAAAAUUAUGUGUAAAAUUAAUUAAAAUUAAUUUUACUCUUGCAUCCGAAGAAGUGGGUAUUCACCCACGAAAGCUCAUGCUCCAAAACGUCUGUUAGUCUAUAAGGUGCCACAGGAUUCUUUGCUGCGUGUAUUUUAUAAACAUUUUAGAUAAAUAUUUGCUCUUUGACUACUCAUUGACUACUAUUUAGAAAACAUAGUAACUUGUACUGCAAAUAUUUUAUUUUCCAGGAAAGCUUAACUCAUGCAAAUGAGAAUAUAUAUAUAUACAUAUAUAUAUAAAUCACUGACCAGUAUGUGUUCGGAGUCCUCUUCUGUACCCAAUCCCCACAGGAUCAGAAUCUGUCUCAGUCCCUAACUACAGAAGCUGGCUUUUUAGCUCAGGCUAUACAGUCUCAUGCUUUCAUGUCUGGAGAGCCCUACUUCAGUUCCCUGCUGAGAGCCCACAUAGCAAUCACCACAUGUGUAAAGUCGUGGGAACCAGUAGCUCACAGAGCUGUGACUGUAAUAAACAGGGUUCUGAUCCUGCAAGUUGCCCCAUGUGAACAGACCCCUAUGGCCAAGUAAUAUCUCACUGAUUUCCGUGGGGCUUUACAUAAUUACAGCACUCUGCUAUCAUAGAACAGCUUACAAAAUCAGGGCCUACGUGUGUGGAAACCAGAGUCUGGAUUAUCAGAAAAAUGCAGGACUGAAAGAGGCAGUUGUGCAGCUGUAAAUUCAAACUGUCUGAAUAACUUUCAUUGAUGAAGUGAAUAAAAUGGAUACACACAAUAAUGCAGUACAGUGAAAAUGCAGUGAUGGUAAAACAUUUUAGUAAUUCUUCUAACAAGAAACAGUCAUCCCCAUCAAAGAAUAGAAUGAAAAGAUGAAGGGGAAUUAAGUUACCAAAAACUGAUACUUAAUUUCACAAGCAGCUACCGUAGUCAAAUUUUAACGCACUAUUACAGACGUAGGCGAACUACAGCCCAUGGGACCAUCCUGCCUGGCCCCUGAGCUCCCGGCCAGGGAGCCUAAUCCCCGGCCCCUCCCGCGCUGUCCCUCCUCCUCCACAGCCAUGCCGCCACAUGGGCCGUGCUCUGGCCCACCACUCCUGCUGGGCAGCAUGGGGAGUGCAGCUGGCUCUGGCUGGGUGUUGCAGCUGUGAGCUCCUGCUGCUGGUAAGGGGGCGAGGAGUGGGGGGAGUG